AAAUUCAUUUAAAACAAUUAGAAAGGAUAUUCGUACAAUCUUUAUAAAAGUUUUAAACACAGCUGGUGUGGAUACUAUAAAUUGACUGAUUAUUCACUGAGUGAUAACAUAUGAAACAAACGUCACAGCAACAUAUCGGAUACAUUUAUACUGGUGAAAAUUAUACGACAAUGCUAGCCUUAUCAAUCGCGUUUGUUUUGGCUGUCACCAUUUCCGCGGCUCCGCACGGAAAUGAUAAUGACAUAGAAGAUCUAAUUUCAGCACUUAGUUCGAAACGAGAACGACCACGUCCUGGCCGAGAGUUAUACAACAGAGGUGCCAUGCCCCCAAGAAUAGGAAGAGCGUAUUAUGACGACAUGCAAGAUAGUUUUCUUCACACAUUAAAAAGAGAUUUGAUGGAAAAAGUUGAAGAAGAGUUUACCAAGCGACAGUGGAGAGCGUCACGAUUGGGUAAGGACUGGCUGCGACACCAUGGCAAGAGAAUGCAGGAUUCGUUUCUGCACAAAAAAUCAAUUUUUGACAUUCUAAAAGACGAAGUCAACGAUGAAACAAAAAAGGAAACAUCCUUUGUGCAGAAGCUGAAGAAAAGUUUCCCAGAAUGUUACAACAGUAGGGAUCCUUUAUGUGACAAGCUCUACGAAGAUUUAGAAAAAAUUUUAACUGAACUACUUGAAAUAACAUUGCAAUGAGAAGAAGAACAAAAUCUACAUUAUACUCA